UCUCCUUCACAUCUUCGCACCUCCAGCCGCCCACCACCCUCCUGCGCAUCCCGCCACGCCCACGCCGCCGCCCAUCACCCAAAGCCGAUCAUCGCCAUCGCCGCCGUCCGCUCUCUUCGCAUGCGCACCAUCGAGUAGCGCGCCCACCUUGCUGCCGCGGUCGACCCGCGCGGAGGACGCCAAGCGCUUCAGUACGAGCCCUCCUCUCACCCACCGCUGCACGCUCCACGCACGCCUACGAGCUUUCCACUCUCGCUCCACCCCCGAAGACGGCCUCUAUGUCGGAUCACAGCGCAAAACGGCAACGUUUGGACUCGAUAGGAAGAUUCUCACCCGCCAGCCCGCCCUUUGACGUCGCUGCCAAGGCGAGCGGCCAGACGACAAAGACGCUCAUUCACCCUCGAACGCCCACCUCGCCACCCUACUCGAUGAAUUCGCAAUCCAAUGGAGGCUUCCCCACGACCAAAUCCGCCGUGUCGGACCGCUCACCGCAAUCCUCCCUGCCCAUGUCCAACUCGCUCUCCCAGUCGGCAACAUCGGCAUCCACCCAGCACCCCUUCCCGACCCCCGCGAGCACUGCCGGCUUCAUGUCGAGCGCUAAUAUCGACAGCGAUGGCGAUGCGACGAUGGAAGAGAGCGCAGACGAUGACAUUACGCGGUUGCGUCACCACAGGCUGUCCAACCACAACCGGCAAGCGGAAUCGCCAUACACCGAAGACGGCCGACUCAAAGCUGCCCAAGGCAUUAGCGGCAGCCAAUUGUUCAAACUCAGCAACGAGAAGAUAGAGAUAUCACGGCCGCACCCCUCGCAAAAUUUCAUCUCACUCUACAGGCUCAACCCGCUCGCCAGCUCUGUAGCUCGCAAUGACCCGGUAACAGGCGAGAAGAUUAACAAGCUUCGCAAGUCCUACGAGGGUCAUAUCAAGCAGAUGCAAAUCGCCGGCAAGCCAAAGGCGACUAAGAUGGACGGCGUUUUCCGGGAUCUGCUGCUAAUGCCCGAAGAAAUUUGGCAGUCGCAACAUGUACAGAACAGAGAGCCCGAGAAGCAGGGAUUGACAUCAGACGGCACAGCGUUGAGUUCAAACCUCAGCAGACUUCUCGACGACGCCUUCGCCGGCACAGCUCCUGGACCUCUCCCCAGCGCAGAUGCUGCCAAAUACAAGGCCUAUCUCGGCACAGACGAUGCCGUAAAACCCAAACCACAAGACAUACCACCACAGCGGGCAACAUCCUUCACAUCCUCUGCGCCAACACCGACCAACCACAUGAACAGGGGUGCCGUAAGGCCAGAGCGGUCGAGCUCAAAGCGCGGCUACACAGACGCUGCAUUCCAAGGCUACGGCGAAGGUUUUGGAGACGACUAUGCAGACUCGACCGGAGGUGAAGACACACCAGGCGGGAACAUGGCGAACAAGCGACGAAAGCUCCAAUUUGAACGAACAUCACACUCGGUCGAAGUAGGCGGCGCACGACGAUAGCGACGUCAGUCUUUUCUUUCGCACAUAUCAACUUAGCAGCAUCAGGGUUACGGAUCUCUCUCCACAAUCGGCGUUUAACGGAAAAUUCGGUCACGAAAGCAACGGCGACAUUGAGCUCGACUGAACAUGCUUCUCUACACCAACCCUCCCUACAACAAACUAUUCUUUAUUGGCAUAAUGCGCGGCAGGAGUGAAGCGAGCGAUCGAGCGAAUUGGGAUAUGACGACCACGACAUUCCUAUACCUCUCCUAUAUACGAGGAACCAGAUUGGGGCGCCAGGACGUUUUGAGUUUGUGUCUUUUUUUGUUCGUGUGUCUGCGCGCGCGCGAGUUCUGUCUCGAAGAAAGAAGGGGAGUCUUUUAUUUUCCACUACAAAUCUUUCGAAGUGUGCAUAUUUGGGCAGGCAGAUCCCUCAUGAUACCCUUAGGAUACCACGCAGCAUAUGUGGAUACCUAUAUAAAACGAAUCGAAUCGUAAAGUAUAAAAU